GGGCCGCAGGUGCGGUGGGCUGCACCCCUGCACAGCAGCCCCGUUACCGCCGCGCUGGCACCCGCGCAGGUUGUUCACUGGGACACGGUGCCAGUGUCCCCCCUUCGGUGUCUCACACGCACGUGUAGGGGUGAUGAGUUCUCCCAGAGAGUGGGGGCCAGCAGUGUAGCCCGAUCCCCUGCGGGAAGCUGAGCAGCACUUGCUGUGAGGUCACCCAGGCCAUCCCCACCUCCAGCCAGGAGAUCAGGAAGGCCUUCCAGGGAAGGAAAAGGCCCACGUUUCUAAUCCUGGUCUUCCUUUCCGUCGCCCUCCAGCAGUUUGGAGGGGCGUGGCACACAAACCAGGGGACAUGUGGUGUUACAGUGAGAGCAGAGGGAAGCCACAGCUCUUCCUGCUGGGGCACUCGGGGACACCUUCAGGAGAAAAUGCCAUUUGUUGGAAGUCGAAAAGAAGAAAACUCCAAAUAGGCGACACUCCCAUCACCCCUUCCCUGAUCCGAAAAGCAGCUCCUGAGACUGGAAUACAGACCAUCGUUUGAAUCAGACCAUCUGCACCAGACAAGCUCCUCUUUGAGGUUACCAUGGCCACAGGGGGCAGGGGAACUUUAGGCCUCGUCCCCAGGAGCACCGUUUUCCAGAGGCAGGAGGGGCGCCUGACCGUGAAGCCGGAGCCAGAGAGUCAGACCUGGGCGCAGGCCUGCAGUCUCCCAAAGAAGCACCCUCCUGUCUGCGAAAUCUUCCGGCUGCACUUCCGGCAGUUAUGUUACCACGAGAUGUCGGGGCCGCAGGAGGCGCUGAGCCGGCUCCGGGAGCUCUGCCGCUGGUGGCUGAUGCCGGAGGUGCACACCAAGGAGCAGAUCCUGGAGCUGCUGGUGCUGGAGCAGUUCCUGAGCAUCCUGCCCGGGGAGCUGCGCGCCUGGGUGCAGCUGCACCGCCCCGGCAGUGGCGAGGAGGCUGUGGCAGUGGUGGAGGACUUCCAGAGACACUUUAGCACACCAGGAGAGGUCCCAGCCCCAGCACAGGAACAGCAAAUGCAUUUGGAGGAGACAACCGUUCUGGGUACAACAAAGGCACCUCCAUAUCCCUCACCUCUCAGCGGGCGCUCAACCUCUGGAGUCCUCCUGGAAGACUCUGGUGACCUAGGGGCACGUUCCCUCCCCAGUGGACACUCAGGUACAAGUCUCUCCCUCUCUCCUGUGGAGUCUCCUCUUCUUCCGCUGCCCAUUCUCCCAGCCUGUUGGAGUCCCUCCUUGCCUGCCUUCUUUCUGAGCAGCAGGGGCUUGUCAUUCCAGGAGUGUGCAGCAUAUGACGACCUGUGUGUGCACGGUCCUCCGAAGUGGAAGGGUCCAGCCCUUGGUCAGAGAACCUGGUACUGGAGCAUGAAGCCCAAACACGACUGCAGCGUGGCCACUAUAGGGGAUAACAGGAUGGAGUCUUCAGAGUUGACUCCCGAGCAGGAAAUUUCCAGAGGAUUGAGGUCAUCUGAAAGGACACAAGGGGGACUCUCUGGGGUGGCCCCUGGGGGACCAGAGGCUGGAGAUGCCUGUGAAGAUACUUUUGAGGAGCUAGACGGGCAAACCUCAGAUAAAGAUGGGAGCAGACUGGAAAGUGAUUUCUUAGAAAGGACCAAUGAGGAUAAGAAAAAAUCCACCAACGACAGAUGUGAGGGACCUGAGGAGGCAGAGGAGCAUCUAAAUCUGUCCUCCAGUCCUGAUGAACAUCAAGGAGUCCUGAAGGGACAGAAGAUCUAUGAGUGUGAUGAAUGUGGCAGGGUUUUUAAUCGGAGUUCCCACCUCAUUGGCCACCAGAGAAUCCACACUGGAGAGAAGCCUUUUGAGUGUAACGAGUGUGGUAAGUCCUUCCGGCAGACCUCUCAGCUAAUCGUUCAUCGCAGAACCCACACUGGGGAGAAACCCUAUGCAUGUAGCAUGUGCGGGAAGACCUAUCGGCACAGCUCUCACCUCAUUCAACACCAGCUUCUCCAUAAUGGGGAGAAACCAUAUAAAUGUAGGGAAUGUGCAAAAGCGUUCACUCAGAGUUCCCAACUUACCGACCACCAGAGAACCCAUGCUGGGGAGAGAUCGUAUGAGUGCAAGGAGUGUGGAGAGGCAUUCAUUCGGAGUAAAAGUCUUGUCCGACAUCAGGUCCUCCACACUGGUGAGAAGCCUUACAAGUGCAGUGAGUGUGGGAAAGCUUUCUGCUCCAAUAGAAACCGUGCUGACCAUCAGAGAAUGCACACCGGGGAGAAGCCUUAUGAGUGUCAUGAAUGUGGCAAGGCCUUCAGUCGGAGUAAGUGUCUGAUACGACAUCAGAGCCUCCAUACGGGGGAAAAACCAUACAAGUGUAGUGAGUGUGGGAAGGCUUUCAAUCAGAACUCUCAGCUUGUUGACCAUGAGCGAAUUCAUACUGGAGAGAAACCGUUUGAAUGUAGUGAGUGCGGUAAGGCGUUCAGCCUGAGCAAAUGUCUUAUUCGGCACCAGAGGCUUCACACAGGUGAGAAGCCCUAUAAAUGCAAUGAGUGUGGAAAAUCCUUCAAUCAGAACUCACACCUCAUUAUACACCAGAGAAUCCACACUGGCGAGAAACCCUAUGAGUGUAACGAGUGUGGGAAGGUCUUCAGUUACAGCUCCAGCCUCAUGGUACACCAGAGAACCCAUACUGGAGAAAAACCCUAUAAAUGCAACGAUUGUGGGAAAGCCUUCAGUGACAGCUCACAGCUUAUUGUGCACCAGAGAGUUCACACCGGAGAGAAACCCUAUGAAUGUCAUCAGUGUGGGAAAGCCUUUAGUCAGCGCUCCACUUUUAAUCACCACCAGAGAACUCAUGCUGCAGAGAGACAGUACAUCUGCGCUGAGUGCGGGAAGGCCUUCGGUCAGAGCGCCAACCUCGCCGUGCACGCACGGACCCACACGGGCGAGAAGCCCUACACGUGCAGUGAGUGCGGCAAGGCCUUCAGCCAUAGCUCCAAUCUGGUGGUGCACCGGCGGAUCCACAGCGGCCUGAAGCCCUACGCCUGCACCGACUGCGGGAAAUCCUUCAGUGGUAAGUCCCACCUCAUCCGGCACCAGGGGGUCCACAGUGCAGAGAAGACCUAUGCGUGUAAAGAGUGCGGGAAAGCCUUCAGCCGGAGCUCGGGCCUCAUCUCGCAUCACAGGGUCCACACUGGAGAGAAGCCCUACACUUGUGCAGAGUGCGGGAAAGCCUUCAGCCGGAGCUCAAACCUGACUCAGCACCAGAGGAUGCACAGGGGGAAAAAGGUCUACAGGUGUAAGCAGUGUGGGAAAGCAUGUGGCUCGAAUACGAAGAUCAUGGACCAUCAGAGAAUUCACACUGGAGAGAAGCCUUAUGAAUGCGGCGAGUGUGGGAAAGCGUUCAUCUUGAGGAAGACCCUCCACGAACACCAGCGACUUCAUCGCAGAGAGAAGCCUUACAAGUGCAGCGAGUGUGGGAAGGCUUUUACUUCUAACCGAAACCUCGUCGAUCAUCAGAGAGUCCACACUGGGGAGAAGCCUUAUAAGUGCAACGAGUGUGGGAAAACGUUCAGACAGACUUCGCAAGUCAUCCUGCAUUUGAGAACCCACACGAAGGAGAAACCCUAUAAGUGUGGGGAGUGCGGAAAGGCUUAUCGUUAUGGCUCACAGCUUAUUCAACACCAGAGAAAACAUAACGAAGAGAAAGAGACCUCGUAAACAGCAAAUGUUGCUGGGAGUGGGGCCGAGUGCUGCAUUCCUGAAGAGCAGUUUUUCAGUACCAUCAACCUUAAUUCUUCUUCUAAGAAUUGGUACAGGGAAAGUAAUCAGAAAUAGACAAAGAUUAACAGGAGUAUUCAUGCCAGCAUUAGCUAAACUGAAAGUAGAUGAGAUUUUCAGCAGUACAGGGCUUAGGCAAGUGAUGGUCCAUCCAUACGAUGGUUCUGCCACCACGGUAAACAUUCUUAAAGAAUACGUAAUGCCUUUGGGAAAUGAUUUACCUAAAAUGGAAAAUAAAGAAAAUGAGGAAAAUAACACCCCCCCUUUUUUUUUU